AUGGAGCUGCCAGCCAAGACCACCGACGCCACGGACGCUGUCGUCGUGACCGUCGCUGCGUCGGCGCCCGCCAGCGACGAGGCCAUCCCGGUGUUGCCGUCGAGUCCAUUCUGCUGCUUCUACUGCCUCGACGACGGCAACGGACCGGAGCGGUCGGCGACCGAGCUCAUUGCGCCGUGCGCGUGCGCCACGUACAUCCACCGCGACUGCUUGGAUACGCUUCGCAUCUCCAUACGCUCCUCCGAGUCGGGCGAAGAGGCCGAGUACAAGCGCUUGAUGCGCAACGCGCAGCUGCUUCGCUUCCUCUUCGUGCUUGGC